AUGAGCUUCCCGUUCCGACUCGUUUGCAACUCAUGCGAAAUCAAAGUCGAAGAAGAUGCUUAUACCUGCUGCAACGUUUAUUGUGAGUGCUUUUGAAAUUUUUAUACUUUUAACUUUCUUUUAUUCAAAAAGUCGGCUAAAAACGAAAUAGCUCCUCAAAAAUCUUCUUUCAAAAAGGACCUUCCAAUGGUCCCCAACAGAUGUUUUUGAUAUCACUUUUGCAUUUUUUUACAAAAAAAUAGUUUUUUUGCCAUCAUUUUUUUCAAGCCUUUCAGCUUCUUCAAAGGCCCACGAAAGAAGCUUUUCCGUUUUGCCUAUCAAAAAUGCCGGGUACAAAGUAAUUUCGGCGAUCUCAAAGUUGUCGCGUUUAGAGAUUACGUGAAAUCUGAAAAAUUUUCAUUUUGAGAAAAAAAAAACUUGGAUCCUACAACGAGUUGGCGACUUUUAUGCCGUGUUCAAUUUGAUUCCGCGAAAUGCAAAAUGAUCUCUGACUCUCCAAAAAUUUAGUGAUCUUUCCCUUUCUUUAACGGGUAUUUUGCAUUUCGCGGAAUCAAAUUGAACACGGCAUUAAGCGUGACAUAUCAAACUUUGGAUUUAUAUUCAAAUUUUUUUAAUUUUUUUGUUAGUUUUUUUCGGGGUUGAAAUGCACGCGUAAAAAGUCCUCAUCUCUUUGCAGGGUCCUAAUUUUCCGUCGAAAUGCUAAUUUCACAUAUUUCGCAAAAUCAUUUUGAACUAAAUUUGGAAAAAUACUUCAUACUACAAAAAAAAAAUGAAAAAAAUUUACAUGCGCGAGUUACAAAAAGUACACGUGCACUUUACGAGAAAGUGCAUGCGGAGUUUUGAAAAAAAAAACUUUCAAUUUAAUGAUAAUGCCGUGUUCAAAGUAAUUUCCGCGAGACGCCGCUAUUUAGUAACCAGGGACAUUGCCUCAACUACAGUAUACCUGUUCGGUUGAGCACUUUUGCCUCAUAUUCCAUAUUUUUUACAGACCAUUGUUUUUAAUCGUUUUUUUUUCCUUUUCCAUAUAUUUGAACGGUUCACUGAUGGCGUUUGCAAUAAUCGCCAUUUUCAGUAAAAGUCAGAAAAAAGAAGCUGUUCUCGGAUAUCUUCCGGCAAACUUAUAUUCACACUUCAAUCACGUUCAAAAAAGUUUUAUUAUUAGUUGGUAAUGGUUAUGGUUGAAUUUGAGUGGGUUCAUAUAGUCUUUUCAGAUUUGGAGUGUAAAGUCAUCGCUUAAACUCCACACCUUAUGCGUAUAUCAAACCAAUCAGAGAGAGAAAGAGAGAGUCAUCCAUAGAGAGCUUUUAGGGACGGAGUUUGUUACUUUACUUUGGAAAUCUAAACAGACUAUAGGAUGCAAAUAAUGGGCUUUUACUAAUCAAAUUUGGAUUUGAAGUUUAGCUCUAAAUUUCUCGAUAAAUCUUACAAUAUUGCAUAAAAAAAACAUAAAUACUAUGACCAUGGUGAGAUAAACUUUUAGGUUCAGGAAUUUUUUCGAAAUAAAACAUUGAAACAAAUAGCGCAGUGCGAGAUCGCCGAAUUUUUUUCACAAAAAAAGGUUUCUUCGCGUGUUUCGGAGCUCUUCGACGGAUUACUUCCGACCUUUGUGAAAAAAAUUUUUUUAUAUUGGAUUUUUUUAAAUUUUUUUACCUUGAGCAGAUCAAUCGGAAGGUCUCGUGGAGCGCUACCACCACGAAUAAGUAGUUUUUUUCUCGACGAACAAGUAUUUCUUGGAAAUCAGUUGAAGGCGGGAGAGAAACAGAAGAAAGAAAAACGUUGUUUCGUGUCAACCAACUCCGAAUGUAGUGUUGCGAGAGUUUUUUUGUGAUGUUCGGCUCUUCUCUCUUCGCAACUCUCAUUAUGAUGUUUCUGAAUUAGCGUAAGGAUGCCUCAUUGAACUUUCCUAACCUGUCUUACAAGAUUCAAUUUUUGACUUGUCUUUCAUUUUUAUAGCCUCCAGCUUUUGUACAUUAUGUGCUGAUACAAGAUGCCGCACAAAGUUAUCUUCUCUUUGCUCUUUUUGGCAUUGCUCGACAGGACACCGCAAUUUUACACGCAUUCUUCUGGAGUAAAGUCGUUGUUUAAGCGAUGACUUGACACUCCAAAUCUGAACAGACUAUAUGAACCCACUCAAAUUCAACCAUUACUAACUAAUAAUAAAACUGUUUUGAACGUGGUUGAAGGGUGAAUAUAAGUUUGCCGGAAGAUAUCCGAGAACAGCUUCUUUUUUUCUGACUUUUUACUGAAAAAUGGCGAUUAUUGCAAACGCCAUCAGUGAACCGUUCAAAUAUAUGGGAAAGGAAAAACGAUUAAAAAAACAAUGGUCUGUAAAAAAUAUGGAAUAUGAGGCAAAAGUGCUCAACCGAACAGGUAUACUGUAGUUGAGGCAAUGUCCCUGGUUACUAAAUAGCGGCGUCUAUUUCCGCGAAAUGCAAAAUACCCGUUAGAGAAAGGAAAAGAUCACUAAAUUUUGGAGAGUCAGAGAUCAUUUUGCAUUUCGCGGAAAUUACUUUGAACACGACAUAAGAUCUCAAGAGCUCUCUUAAGAGAUUAUCUUUUUUUAGAUUGCGAUGAGUGUUGCGCACAGUUCCAAGUAUGUUUCGAGUGCAAUACAUCGUUCCGCUUUGUUAGUUCUUUUUUGAACACAAUUUGCAAAUUUUCACGGUUUCAGAAAUACACGCCACGAAAGGAAAUUCCAAUUCCAGCCGUACUCGAUUCAAUUUUUAUUUCAAAACAUACCAGAAAGUAAGUUGAAGUAUAAGUUAUACAAUUUUUCUUUUGGAAUUCCAGUCUUCACUUUGAGCGAAUGAUGAAGGACGCGUUACCGUCGGAGAAAGUUUACAUUUGUCUCGAUUAUUUCGACGCAAGCAUCGGGAUCGAGGUGAUUAUUCGUUGAUUUUACGUUUUUCAUGCUUCUUUUUCAGGAGGAUCCAAGAAGGUUGAGGAUUAAUGCUCAGCCCGAUUUGUCUGACGAAGAAGAGAUGGGAGAAGAAAAAGUGGAGGAAAAGAAGAAUGGAAGGAGGAAGUACGAGAGGAAGAAGGAUCAGAAAAAGGUCGAAAGUCCCGUGGAAUCUCCAGCAGCCUUGGGCCAGCCUUCGACUUCGACGAAAGGAGUGGAAGUAGUAGAAAGAGAGAAGAAAAAAGGAAAAGAAGAUGAUGAUGAGGACGAUGAGGAUGAAGAAGAGGAGGAGGAAGAACCGGUAAGCGACAUUUUUUUUUUUGAUAAGUUAAAAUAAUUCAAAUUUUAGCCAAACUUCUGCCGCGUGUACAGAUGCCCAGCGAGGAUGCCAAUCAAAACUUUGCGACGACUUUUUGGUCGUCAAAUUUUUUUGCUCGACAAGUCGAGCCACCUCAAUUUCUACUUUAGAGGCCGAGUUGGUUUUUAUUUUCAUUAUUUUAUUGUUUAUUGUUUGUUAAAUAGUUCAAAAUUCAAAAAAUCUUUUUUUUUGUUUCUCCUCAACUGUUCCUUUUUAGAAAAAAAGCUCUAGAAAAAUUUAAAUCUUGCGUGGAAUGUUUUGAAUCGAUUUUCUACUUUAAAAAAAUAAAUUUUGCGCUUAAAAAAAGGUCUAAUAUACUUUUUAAAAAGUCCAUAGAGAGUUUAUAUACAUAUAAUUUGGUUGUUCGCAAUUUUUUAGCUUGAAAUUAACAUUUUCAUAACUUAGAACUGUGGCACUGUUUUAGCGAUGUGAUUUUUUUUUUGAACGUUUGAUUUAAAUUAAUCGGUUUUUAAAAAACCUUUAGUUUCAAUGCCAUUUUCAGAAAGUUCUUAUCCCUUCUUUUUGAUCUCUAAACUUUAGAAAAGUACCCAAAAACGUAAUUUUUUGACCUAGCGGUUUUUUGUAAAUAUUUGAUUUUCUGUUCCCUUCCAAAAUAAUCUAAUUCUCAUGCCCCAUGCUCUAAAUCGCCCCUCAAUAAAAAUCCGAAUCAUUCCAGGAGCUCACCGACGAAACCACAGUCAGGACGCUUCUCUCGAAGUUGAAAGAUCCGAAGCGGGAAGAGCUGCGGAUCGACUUCACCCUGGUCCCAGCCAGCCCGGACCGCGUCGAAACCCCGAAACCCGACGAAGAAGAGGUCGACGAAGCGAUGCCGUGUCUUCACGCCGAGGCUCCCGUCGAAGAGGUGCGCAUUUUUUCUACUUCCGAAUUUUUGCUCCUUCCUUUAAAACUGAAGUUAGGACGGAUUUUUCUCACGUUCAUUUCCCCCUGCUCCUCUUCCGGUUGCUCCAUCGAUUUAAUUUCAUUUUUAUCGAAAGUUAUGACGAAUUUUUUUCCCAAGAUUUUUGCUUUCGACUUUUUGCUCCUUUUUGGCGGUAGAUUUCUUCCUUUAAAUCAAAAAUUUGGCCGGUUUUUUUCCCAAUGUUUUUUUUAUAUUUCAUUUCUAUGUCGGUGUUGUGAUCUCUUUGAUUUAUUUUUUUUUCCGAAUUUUUUUCCAAGAUUCUUUUUUUCGACUGUUCACUACUUUUUUUGGCGAUAGAUUCCUUCCUUUAAAUCCAAAAUUAGGCCGGAUUUUUUCCCAAAAUCUUUUUAAUAUUUUUUUUCUGUUGCCGGUGGUUUUUCUCUGAUUUCUUCUUUUUUCGAAUUUUUGCUCUUUUUGGUGAUAGAUUUCUUCCUUUUAUCGAAAAUUAGGCCGGAUUUUCCUCACGUCCAUUUUCUCCAAUCUUUGCUCCUCUUCCGGCUGUUCCAUCGAUUUGAUUUCUUUUAUUUAAAUCCGAAAUUAUGACAGAUUUUUCUUUUCCCAUUUUUAGUUCACCUCUGGCCGUAUUUUACCUCGAACUCCUUCUUUUCAAUCAAAAAUUCUGCUCCCCUGUCGGUAGUUUCAUCGCUUUGAUUUCUUUUUAUUCACGGAAAAAGGGAAUUUUCUUCCACGGUCAUUUUAUUUUUUGAAAUUUUCGUCUUCUUCGGCGAUACUAUCACUCCAUUUCACUCUUUCGAUCAAAAAUUAGGAGCGGAUUUUUCUCAAAAUCAUUUUCUUUCAAUUUUCAUUCUCCUUUGGCGGUACAAUCGCUUGGAUUUCUUCCCCUUCACUGAAAAUAAGACUCGGAUUUUUCUCACGCCCAUUUUCUUCCAAUUUUCAUUCUCCUUUGGCGGCAAAAUCGCCUUGAUUUUCCAUUUCAUUGGAGGUAACCGAAAAAUGAAGGCGUGAGAGUAUUUGAUCAUGAGAGAAUUAUAUUUCUGUUGUUCAGGCCAGUAUUUUUUCAACAAGUAUGAAAAAUUUCGUUUUUUUGGAAGUUUUUGAGAGACGAAUUCAAUCUGUGAAAAGACAGCGAGAUUUUCGAACAUAUUCGAUUUUCGAAAAAUGUCUUCUAAAACCGCUGGAAACAGAAAUAAGAAAAAAUCUCUUUGCCACGAAAAACUUCGAAUAUUAACUUUCUCCAAUUUUCAGGCGCCGCAACCGAUCCCCGACGACGAGCCCUGCAGCAGCACUUCUCUGGAUUCUCCGAUAUUCAUGCAGGAAUCCCCGAUCCAAAUACUGAAGCCGCAGCCGAAUAUUCUUCGCAAGCGCCGAAACUACACCAGAGCGAAAAUUGAGCCAGCGAAAAUGCCGACUCCGCCGAUGCCUGUUCAACUUCAACUUCAAGUUCAAGGUCAAGCUCAAGGACAAGUUCAAGUUCAAGCUCAAAGACCUGCUCCUCUUCCUUUCGCCAACGUCCAUCCUGGCUUCAUGAUGCCCGGACAGCACCUCCAUCCGUCUAUGACCAUACAGCAGCCGGGCCCGCAGGUCGUCCAGAUGCCCAUGAUACAAGGCGCGCAAAUGAUCGUGCAGAACGUCCCACCAGAUCAGAAUCCGCCCCAACCGCAGAACAUCCAAGGCACCGUCAGCACUCAGCAGCUGAUGAACUUGGUCGCCGCCAUGCAGCAGCACCAGAAGCAGGCCAACUCCCAGCCUCAUUUUACCCCGCAGCAGAUGGUCCAUCAGAUCGAGACCCACCAAGGCCAGCAGUUCCGCGUGACGACCAUGCCCAACGCGGUUCAGUUGAUGAACGGCGUCCCCGUCAACAAUCCCAACGGCAUGAACGUCAAGCAGAUGAUCCAGAUGAGCCCGCAGAUGAUGCAAAUGCAUCAGCAGCAGCAGCUGAUGAAGCAGUUUAUGCAUCAACAGCAACAACAACAUCAUUUCCAGCAACAACAGAACCAACAGUUCCCUCUUCAUCAGAAGUAUCAGCAACAGAUUCUGGCUCAAAGAGCUCGACAAGCGGUCAGAGCUCAGGAUCAAGUGGAGAAGGAUGCCGAAAUAAGGCUGAGGACAGCAUACAUCGUUCAGCGUACUCCACAGCCGUCGCCUUUACAGCUUCAGGCUCAGCUCCAACUUCAGGCUCAACUUCAGCUUCAGUCUCAGUCUCAGACGCAGCCUCAAGAACAGAACAAAAACUCUCCGGGUCCAGCUCCAUCGCCAGUCUCUCGAGACGGACCGACUCCGCCGAAGCAGGCACGUCUCCAGGCCUGUAUUCCGCCGCCCAUGCCACCGCCGUUGAGCCAACUGCAGCAGCAGCUUCAAAAUGGACAAUUCCGCUCCACGAUGUUCAUGCAAGGCGUCAUCAACACGCCGUCGCCAAUCACCCAGCCGCUCGAUAAGCUGCCGUCAGAGCCGCCUCUAGUCGAAAACAGGAAGUCGAACUCGCCGGAAACCACGCCGAAAAUCAAGAAGAGCGAGGUCUCGGCCUUCGUCUCCUCGGUCCCGCUUCUGAAGCCACCACCGUUGAACCAGCAUGAAAAACCAUCAACAAGUCGGUCCAAUGGAGGAACGAAGGCGUCGAAGCCGCAAAACAGCAAGAACCCUUCGAGGAAGUCAAUCGCUCCUUCUCCGCGAGCGAAUUUCCAAGCACAAACUCCAGAAUCAAACAAACAGGGGACGACGCCUCCGAUCCGAACUCCAGACUCGGUUACACAGCAAGCGCCGUCUUCAACCCCAACUCUAGAAUCAGCUAAGCAGCGUUCGACGUCUCCACCUCAAUCUCCAGAAUCAGCUGAGCAGCGAGCGACGUCUCCAUCUCAAUCUCCAAAAUCAGCUGAGCAGCGGUCGACGUCUCCAGAAUCAGCUGAACAGCGUUCGAUGUAUUCAAAUCAAACUCCACAACCAGCUGAACAGCGAACGACGUCUCCAGCUCAAGUUCUAGAACAAGCUAAACAGCGAACGACGUCUCCAGCUCAUGCUCCAGAAUCAGCUGAGCCACGAGAGAAAUCUCCAACCCAAGCUCCAGAAUCAACUAAGCAGCGGUCGACGUCUCCAAAUGAAGCUCCAGAAUCAACUGAAAAGCGAGCUACGUCUCCAGUCCCAGCUUCAGAGCCAGUCAAACAGCAAGCGACGGCUCCAACCCAAACUGCAGGACGUACAGAGAAAACCAAAGCCGCCCAAAUUCAAAAGGUGAGAAACAAGUUGAAAGUGGGCCAUGUACAACUAGUUAGUUGAUGUUCUUGUGAUAGGCUUUAUGAGGACAUUUUUAAGUGAUUAUUUUUGCUAACUAAUUUUUUUAAACAAUAGAAAAAAUCACCUCGAAAACAGUCAUGAAAACUUGUAGGCGUCCAAGAUUCAGACAGAUGAGCUUUCAAAGUCUAAAUUAGGGAACCUUUCAAAUUGAGACUUCCAGAAAAAGUUCAUUAAUACAUCAAAGAGGAUUUCGGCCAUAUAAAAGCUCACGAUUUCCUAUCAAACUCCUGGGAAAAUUUUUAAUGGCCACUAUAGGGUUUUGACGUUUUAGUGGCCACAAUAGUAGUCAAAUUAGUGACCACUUAAGGGGUUAAAAAUUAGUGGCCACUAUAGAGGUCUAAGUGCUACUACUAGACCACUUAAAAUUUUAGUGGCCACUUUAGGGGUCGAUGCAUCAACAUAAAUGGUCCGAUUUGUUUGUUUUAAAGUUACCAGAGUUACUGGAAGGAAUACUGGAUGAAAAACUACUGAAGUGGCCACUAAAUAGAGAACCUCUGUAGCCAAUAUAGAGGUGGGUUUAGUGGCCAUUUUAGUGUCCUCUCCAAGUAGUCUUUGGCGAGCCUCUAUAGUGGCCACUAAACAUUUUCCCAGUCUACUCCUUAUUUCUCGACGUUCUCUCAAAGGUCAACCCAAUCUUCAUUUCCAGGAACAAGUCGACGAAACGGUCGACGUUCUGACCCUGUCACGCUCGCAAAGCAGGUCGCUUGGCAAGACAUUGGCCGAAUCGCUCAAAAAGCCGAAAGGUGGCAGCCAAACCGUGGCCAAAUUCCCCUCCAAUGGAUCGGUGUCGAUGUCGCCGCCGUUUGCUUCGAGGCCGUCGACCGACGAAAAGUCGGAAACUUUGAAUGUUAGUUUUUCUCGAGGGAGGGUAUCGCUAGUCUGGAGUAUGAUAGGGACCUAGAAAAACCGAAAAACUUAAAAUUUGUUCUGACUUCUCUCCGGGGAGGUUAUGGCGUUGAAUUUCAAUUUUUCAUAAAUCUCAUCAUUUUCUCUGGGCUUUUUCGGCUUGUUGUUGAGGAAAUGAAGGUUUACGGAGCGUAAAUGGGUUGUAAAUAGGUGAAUUUGAAGUUUACACGGGUAGGGUAUAAGUUUUAUAAAGGUAGAAAUAUGAAGGUUUUUUUUUGGAGUUUAUUUGCUCGAGAUUUACGCUCCGUAACAAUAAUUCUGAUAUCAGUCCUAUUUUUGACCAGAUAGACCAAAUCCCAAAAGCUCCGGUAAAUCAAAUCAAAUGGCGACAGGAUCGAAAUCCGAGACGAUAACCUCCUAAAACCGUUCCGUGUUUGGAGAUGACUUUCUGUGGACACAAAAGGCGUCCCGCCCGUAGAAUGAAUGAACAGAUUGAUCAAGAUAAGAUAUCGGCCCCGUCGGGUGUUACAGUCUCUCCCUUCCUUGAACCGGGUGUCCAUAAAAAUCUACCGUAAUGGGGGUCAUUUGCACUUGAAAAAUUGAUGACAGCAAAUCAGGUGACUUUCGGGCGAUGAUUCCCAAGAUAACGUUGACUUUUUCAAGUUUCGAAAUGGGGAUGUUGGUUGGUAGAAGAAGGAGAAACUUUGAGAUUUUCAAUUUUGCUCAAAAAUUACCUGUCUAUGGAGUCAUGUGGAAGAAGGUCGAUGAAAAUUUUUGAAAAGAGUCAAGAAUUUCGCUUUGAAAUAUAUGUAAAAUGAACUAAACAAGGAUAUUUAGAGCUAAAAAGUUCAUAAUUUGGACAAGAAAUUCAAAAAAACACUUUUUUCGCUAGAAUCGCCAUCACAUGAAAAAGAGCUUUUCUUUGUCCGAAAAUCAAAAAUUUUUCAAGAUUUUUCUCGUCAGAAAGCUCCUUGAAAAAAUCCCUUUUCUUCUUUGGGAACGCCAAAGUGGUCCCUAUAGGGACGAAUUCAUCGAGUUUUUCGCAUGGAAACGCUUCUUAUUCAACAAUACUAGGAUAACCCCUAUAGGGGCCACUUUUUUUUCGACUAGGAUAACCCCUAGAGAGGCCACUUUUGCAAGCUUUAGUGAUCCCUAUAGGGGUGCCUUCAAGGGCCUCAAAGGCUACCCAUAUAGAGACCACUCUGGAGUUACUCAAACUUUCAAAAAAAAAAAUUCCCUUGGCUUAAUUUCAAAACUUUAAUUCCUUCUGUCACUGAUAUCUGUCACCAGGACAGGUAAAUAACUGAUAACCGGUUUUUUAUCUCGUUCUCUGUCCCUAAUCGCCUAAUGCUCGCCUGCAAAAAGAAUACACGAUGCCGAUCGAAUUCAGACGCGCCAUAAUAAUACGGUCGUCGCAUUUCGCCCACCACACGUUUGAUUAGCACAAAAGAUAAGAUAAGCCCCACUAUUAGCGUCAUUUUCUUUCUCUCCCCGUCUAAAUUUCUUUCGUCUCGAAGAUUUUUUCGUUUCUGGGCGUGACGUUUGGCAAUUCAUCAAGUGUAGUGCGGCCGUGACGAAGAUGGUGCGAAUUGAUAAUGAAUUGAAGAAAAAAAAACGUGUGAAAAUUGGAGACUUUCAACAGAUACAGUAUCGGAUUAACCCUGAUAAGUUCCUUUUCCAAAAGUGUCCUUCCAGUUUCGGAUUUUAAGGGAAUUCAGUCUGUCCAUGGGAAGAAAGAUCGAGAAAUUCGCCACAUUCAAAAAUUAAAAAAAGGAAAUUUAGCAGUGGAGCAGAUAUGGCGUCUUUUUCGCGGCGAUUUUAAGAAAAAUAAUUUUUCACUAGUUUGGACCAAAUCCAAACAUUGAGUCCUUAAACAAAAAAUAUACUGAAAAAAAAUCUCAGAAAUCUCUAAAAUUAAAAAAAUUUAGCCGUGGGGCGCAAAUGACGUCUUUUCGCGGCGAUUUUAAGAAAAAUAACUUUCCACUAGUAUGGACCGAAAAUCGAGUCCUUAAGCAUAAAAUAUAUUGUGAAAGUUCGUGAAAUCUCUAAAAUAACGUAAAUUUAGCCGUAGGGCAGAAAUGACGUCUUUUUCGCGGCAAAAAAAUACCGUAUAACAGUUCAAGCUUCACUAUUUAUCAAAUCUAAAAAUUUCUCAAUCAAAAAAACACCAUAAAAAUCCAGUUUUUCUUUUCUAGAAACUUUCUAAUCAUUCUUAUUUUUUCAGGCCGAUCAGGAGAAGUUCCGCAACAUGCAAGAGGCGUCAUCCAUCAAGAUUUGA